UAAAAAAAUGGUAAUUCUUCAAAAUGGUCGCUUUGUAUGGUUUGCCAACUUGCAUGUCUGUGUUUCAGAGUUCUUUGUUUUCAUGACUUGUUUUAAAUUGUAACAUUUAGAUCAAUGUAUAUUUGAUUUCUCCGUUGCAUGUUUCAUAAAUGGACUUUCGUUCCCAAAUCAAUAAUAGUGCAGUGCAAGAAAGAUGUCAUCGGUAAUGUGAGAGCUCCAGUCUAUAAUUUUUAUUUUACGGGAUUAUGACGUUUGUAUUUCUAAAUCGACAUUAAAGCAAGUAAGAAUUAAAAGUGCCAAUCAAGAUAUUUACUGUCAUGAGCUAAAAACAAACUAACAAGAGAUUUCCAGAAGAAAACAAUAAAUCAUCCAAUAACUAAAGCUAACGUGACUGUGAACUGCAUAUGUGUGAUAGUGUAUAAAUGCGUGACAAAUUAACUGUUAUGUGUGAAUGGUGUAGUAUGUUCAUGUGAUGGGAGGCGUGGGGUAAGAGGUGAGGCGCUCGGGCGCGGGCGCCAUGAACCCGCCGGCGCCCGGCAAGACGGGUACCACGCGCUCAGGGUACCACCAGAAAGCGCUCGCUGAGAUCCGCAACUCCCUCCUACCGUUUGCUAACAUCGGCAAUUCAGAGCCUCCUGGUUCGUCUGCAGCAAGCACUGUCAGUUCAGGUGUAAGCUCAGGGUUCAGCUCUUCAUCUGGGAAUGGCCUUGAUAAGGAAUUGAAUCUGCUGCCAUCACUCAAUCAACUUAUUGCACUUGGAAUUGAUGAGGACUUAGCACUAAAAGCGCUGAAAUCAACGGGAGGUCGUUUCGAUGCAGCACUAGACUUUCUCAAACAACAGGAUACACUAAAUGGAGUUCUCAAACCUAGUAGUCUUAGCGGGCUCGGUACCAAACUUAUAAGAAAGCCUAGCCUCGAGCGGGAGAUAAAUUUGCACAGAGGUAGUCCUGCGCUCGAUUCCGGCGCGGGCAGUUCUAGAUCUGAUAGUCCCAGGCAACCGGACGCCCCUCCUUUACCUCACGAAAAAUUGAGUCGGCAAUACUCGCCAUCGGGUUUCUCCGAGCCGCCGCCGCCGCCGCCGCCGCGAUGCCCGUCCACGCCGCCCGUGCCGCCCUCCGUGCAGCAGCUCAUGAAGCGCAUGUCGCCCGCGCCGCCGCUGCCGCCCGCGCGCGGCACCAGCCCCGUGGCCGCCGGCCCGCCCGCGCCGCCGCAGCGGCAGCCCAUGAUCGUCCAGAACGGACCGCAAGUGCAACAGCAGCUCACGCAACAGAUACAAGCUCUGAGCAUCUAUCCCUCCGGAGCGGGGGGAUCCGAACUCCCGCCUCCGUAUCCCCUUUCCGGUGUCCCACCCCCUCCACCCUACUCUGUUUCUAUGCAAAACCGACAGAGCCCGACGCAAUCUCAAGACUACAGGAAGAGUCCCUCGUCGGGCAUCUACUCGGGAGGCACCUCCGCCGGGUCUCCGAGCCCGAUCACUGUGACGCAGUCGACCGGCUCGGCGUCGGGCAUGACUCGCCCCACGCCUAUUCAGGCGUGGACAGCGAGACAAGCCGUUCAGCCUCCUAUCAUCAUGCAAUCUGUUAAAAGUACUCAAGUUCAAAAACCAGUGCUGCAAACUGCCAUUGCGCCGGUGGCCCCGCCGGUCGUCUCGAGUUCCGGGGCGCAGCCUCCCCCGCCGUCAUAUGCGAGUUCUAUUCAACAGAAACAGCAAGCGCAAACGCCACCGAGCUACCCCUUAGCCCCCAAACCGUCGUCUCCUGGCACCACACCACCGAUCAUAAUGGCCACCACCCCCACCGUCCCCACCACUGAGCCCCCGAGCUAUGCAAUCACUAUGCAGGCUCUCGCUGUACAGCGCGGGAAACAUCCGAUGCCACCGCCGCCGUACGGUAACCAAAACGAUACGACAACGACGGUCAACUCCCACCAUUCGCCUUUGCAUAAAAAGUUUUCGAAUAAUUGUGAAGCUAAGGGAGAAACAUCGCAGGGCCUUGAAAUGAAAUGCCCCAAUCAGAAUUGCACGAAUAAUCUGCUGAAGGAUAGCGUGGCUUCCAGUUCAGAUAAGAGUUCGAACGGGUCAUCCGAGCGGAGGCCGAAAGUUGUAGAGAAAAUUAGGCAUCAAUCACCUAUACCCGAGCGUAGAAAUAUCAGCAAAGAGAAAGAGGAUGAAAGGAGAGAUUGUAAAGUCAGAAAUUACUCUCCUCAAGCAUUCAAAUUUUUUAUGGAGCAGCAUGUUGAAAACAUAUUGAAAUCGUACAAACAGCGGACUUUCCGGCGAAUGCAAUUAGAGAAGGAGAUGACUAAGAUAGGUCUCAGUGAAGAUGCACAGUGCCAAAUGAGGAAGAUGCUUUCUCAGAAAGAAUCUAAUUACAUUAGAUUGAAACGGGCGAAAAUGGAUAAGUCGAUGUUUACGAAGAUUAAACAUAUUGGUAUAGGUGCAUUUGGAGAGGUAACAUUAGUGAAGAAGAUUGAUACUAGUCAUCUAUAUGCCAUGAAGACUCUUAGGAAAGCUGACGUGCUGAAGCGGAACCAAGUGGCGCACGUGAAGGCCGAGAGAGAUAUUUUAGCGGAGGCCGAUAACGAGUGGGUGGUGAAGCUGUAUUACAGUUUCCAGGAUAAGGACAAUUUGUAUUUCGUCAUGGAUUAUAUUCCAGGGGGCGAUUUGAUGUCUCUAUUGAUAAAAAGGGGUAUUUUUGAGGAGAAUUUGGCUCGGUUUUACAUAGCGGAGUUGACUUGUGCAGUGGAGAGUGUCCAUAAGAUGGGGUUCAUUCAUCGAGACAUAAAGCCGGACAACAUCCUCAUAGACCGAGACGGCCACAUCAAGCUGACUGACUUCGGCCUGUGCACCGGCUUCAGGUGGACACACAACUCCAAAUACUAUCAGAGAAAUGACCACGGCCGACAAGAUUCCAUGGACCCUGUCGACGGCGAGUGGGGCGCUCUGGGCGAAUGCCGCUGCCACCAGCUCAAGCCUCUCGAGAGGCGACGGAAACGGGAACACCAGCGGUGCCUAGCACACUCCCUAGUGGGCACCCCGAAUUAUAUAGCGCCUGAAGUGCUACAGAGGACGGGUUACACCCAGCUGUGCGACUGGUGGUCGGUGGGCGUUAUACUCUAUGAAAUGCUGGUUGGUUCACCGCCGUUUUUGGCGUCCACGCCGGCGGAGACGCAACUCAAGGUGAUCAACUGGGAGAGCACCCUUCAUAUCCCGGAUGCGGCGAACUUAUCCCGCGAGAGCAAGGACCUGAUUCUCAAGCUGUGCUCCGGGCAGGACACCAGGCUUGGCAACCAUGCCAGCGAAGUCAAAAACCACCCUUUCCUCAAGACCAUAGACUUCGAAAAAGGUCUACGAAGACAGCCAGCUCCGUACAUACCCAGGAUAGAUUUCCCAACGGACACAUCCAAUUUUGAUGAAAUUGACCCGGAUAAACUGCGGAACUCUGGGAGCACAGAUUCAAAUAAAUCUGACAGUGAACUACUUGAUAACAAGACUUUCCACGGAUUCUUCGAAUUCACGUUUCGAAGGUUCUUCGACGAUGGAUACUCGAACACGAAUAGGAUUAAUCUCGACGAUAACGAUAAUCCGGGAGCGGUUUACGUAUAGUUUGUCAGGUAGGAGGGGCGGAAAUAUAUCUGAUGAUAUAGACUCUAAUGCGAAUAUUAUGCAGAAAGUUUAUAUCAAUUUUGGUUGUAUGAUUAUUGUUCGAGUAGCUUUUGAUGAUAGAUUACCUUUUAUUGGAACAUGAAAAUAUAUACAAUUUGUUAUAAAGCCAUUCACAUUUGAAUUGAAUAAAACUGGCUGUAUAUUGUAUCACAAAAUUACUGAGAGGACACAUGCUUAUGUCAAAUUGUGUUGAGAGCAAUGAUCCCACUUCUGAUGGCUAAAAAUAAUAAUAAAGAUACUUAAUAAAUAAUUAGAUAGCAAAAUAUAUGAUCGGAGAGUUAAACACCAGUGUUCUAGAAAAGGCCUGAAGUGUGAUUGAGAUUCAUGUAGUGACAAGAUUGGGAUCAUCGUUGUAUUGGAUGACUGGGAUGUAUUUUUUUUUACUCAAAAUAGGGUUUGUACAAUGAGAGAUAUUUUCGCCUCGUACAUCUGAAACAAGCGUUCGCGCCUUAUCGUCGUGGCAGUGACAAUGGACACUUGACAAAUAGAACUUUACAAAGUGUGUGUGCCUAAACUCUCUCUCUAUUAAAACAUUAGAUAUUUGUAACGUAACAUAUUUAAAAAUAAUUAAAAACGUAUUGUUAAUAAUCCCGGUGAUAAUGCUGUAAUAUUGUAUCGUUAUGUAUUUGUAAGAGUAUUCGUAUUCGAUUGUAAAAUAAUGUGUAACGGAUGGGCGCUGAAUAAAGGUGACAUUCACGUCAUACCUCCUACUCGGAAAAUAAUUUGAUUCCAGGAAUGGAUGCUGGCAUGGUCGCCAUGUAGUGACGGAUAACUGAAUGAUGCAAGGUUUUGUUAACGUUAAACAUACGUUAACAAUUGUAUUAACGGACUUAAAAUUGGGUCGCUGCAUAAUGAGCUGCUAGCUCAAGCUAAUGACACCUAUAUUCUCAAAUUCAGUAACAAAUAUUAGUAUAGGACCAGCCUCCGUAGCAAGGCACGCGCGACGCCCUUUUUUAUCGCGCCAAAAUCUGUCUCUGUCCAGUUUCAAGUCAUAAUAAAAGUGAAAAAGCGGUAGUUUUUCGCGCGAUAGAAACGGCGUCGCGCGAAUUAUGCCCCGGAGACAGAUGUACAUAAAAAGUGACUGAAACUUCAAAUUAUUUUAAUUUCGAUUUUGUUAGUUGGAAACUCUUUUGAUUCUUGUGGUCAUAUAAAGUUAUGAUUUCUGACUACCAUUUUUGCUUUAAAACAAGUUUGACACUUUAGUGUAACGCCAAAUUAGAAAGCUUGUGUAUUUGGCGUGAGUGGUGGCGUUACGUUGAGACACAAGUUAUCUUUUUUUAAUGCAUUAAAAGCUUAAGUUAAAUUACCAAUGUUUAAUAUGGUUAGGAUUUAUUUAUUUAACAGUCUAUGAACUCAAGUUUAUAAGUACAGAAAAGAAAUGAGUACAAAGGUGAAGCUAGAUUGUGAAGAAAUUUAACUUGGCUUCUAUAUUUUGGUGUUUAAAUUUUUAGUAUAUUUUCGAGUAGGAGAAUGGUCGUGUCGCUUGUACUUUUAAAGUGUUGGUGCUUGGCGCGGCAACGCCGCAGUCCGUUCAGUGUAUACUAUUUUUGUAAUUAGAGAAAUUAUUUAUAAAAUAAGAACAAGCUUAUUUGAAUUAGCGAAUUAUUUGAUAUUGUCAUUAUAUUUUCUUAUGUAUUUAUCGAGAUAGUUCGCGAAUGUGUGUUUGUUUAUAUUAUAUAAAACGGUAAAUCAGUAAUUUAUGAAGUCACCUUACAGUACGGGCGUUUUUCGCCGGCUCAACGCGUGUGCCUUAUAUUCAACGUAUAAAUAUUUAUACAUACAUAUAUCUGUCGGUAGUUUAAUACUUUCGUAAAAAAAACUAGAAUAUAUUUUGAUAAAUCAUGCAGCGAGUGCAAUAUAAUAUUUAUUAACACAAUUCGUACUCACAUUAACUUGUUGAAGCAUAUUUAGUUGUCGACUGAAUCUGUAGAUGUAUUCUCAAAUUAUUUAUACUUUGAUGUCACAUAGCGUUCAUCGUCAGUCAUUUUUUAAUAUUAUUUAUAAACAAACAACUUAGUAAUGUUUUAACUAACAAUAUCCAUAAUGUAGAUGAGAAAUGAACAUGAAACAACAAGCGGUGAGAUGUGUACAGCGAUUCAAGUCACUUCAACAUUGAUCGUGUUACUGAAUGUAAAUUGUUUUAUUUUGAAAUAAGACGUGCUUAUAAGGAGUAAAUGAAAAUAAAAUAUGGGAUUUUGUUACA